ACAAAAUAUAGAUUAAGUGGAUGGAGGUUUCAAUGGAUGGUUGUGUGUUUGUGAAAAUUGGCAGAUUGAUGGAUGUGCUAGAAAAUUAAACUCAUUAGUUCUGUGUCCAAAAUACGCAACAUUGUGAUUGAACGUACAUAAUUCGUGUGCAGCUAAUGUGGCUACAUGAAUUUAAGAUAUAAGUAAGGCGAGUACAGUUAAGUCAACAGAGAACUGUGAUAUUAAAAAAUAUAUAUUCCUCCGACCGCCUAUAGAAAGUUAAUUGACGUCACCUUGAUAGAUGUCUGCAGGGACACUCCUCACCCCUGUGUUGGGGAGGUUCAACAUUCCUCUGCAGUGUUGAGGGGAGGGCUGGGUGAUAUAAACGCAACACCACCUACUUAUAUGUGUGAGUGAGCAGUUUAGGGUUUCCAGUCGAAGUUGCAGAAGUUGCAGGAGCGUCAACAUGAGCAGCAGUCCAGAGAGGAUGUCCUCAUACCGCCGCCAUUUCGAGGGUAACUUGGCCGCCAGCUCCACCUACCAGCUCCGGGUGUCCAGUCCCUCUCCCGUCCGCAGGGAGAGCCGCCCCCGGUCGGUCAGCUACACCCGGGGCGGAGGGACGAUGGUGCGCAGGGCCUCCUCCAAGGCUGGCUUGACCAGCAGCGUGAGUAUGGGAACACUUUGCCUAGGCUUGGAGACAAAGCUGGACCUGGAUGCAGCCGCAGCGGAGAACCGGGCCUUUAUGGUGACUCGAUCCAGUGAGAGGCAGGAGAUGGUCGUCCUCAAUGACCGCCUGGCAGUGUAUAUCGAAAAGGUGCGAUCACUGGAGUCCAAAAACAAGCUGCUGGAGGCUGAGAUUGAGGCCCUGAGGAGCCGCUAUGCCCGACCAUCCGGCCUCAGGCAGCUGUACGAGUCUCAGCUGAAGGAUCUCACCAGGGUCGCCGAGCAAAUGAGAGUCCAGCGGGAUACAUCUUUGGCCGCCAAAGAGGCGAUGUGUGGCCAGUUGGACGCGCUAAAAGCCAAAUAUGAAGAGGCAUUGGUGGCCCGGAAAGACACGGAGGAGGUCAUCGUGGCUCUCCGUCCGGAUGUGGACAGAGCGACCUCAGCACGGAUUCACCUGGAGAAACACCUGGAACAUCUGAAGGCAGAGCUGGCCUUCCUGCAGAGAGUUCACAAGGAGGAAAUCGAGGAGCUCAUGCAGCAGAUCUACGCAGCAGCGUCCAAGGUGGACCUGACCUUCGGCCUCCCCGACCUCUCCACCGCUCUCAAACAAAUACAGUCUCAAUAUGACAGCAUUGCUGCCAAAAACUUAAAGGAAAUGGAUGCUUGGUACGCGUCGAAGUUUCAGGACCUGAGCAGCGCCUCCACCAAACACCUUCAAAGUGUUCGAACUUUGAGAGAGGAAAUCGCAGGCUAUAGGAAGGAUAUUCUUAACAAGGAGCGCGAACUGGAUGCGGUGAAGACGAGGAACGAGUAUUUGUUGGCUCAGAUUCGCGACACCGUGGAAAAACACAAGAAGGAGGAGGAAGACCUACAGGAGCGUAUAGAGGCCAGUAAGCUGGAUCUGAAGAUGACCAAGGAGAAGAUCGCUCUGCUGCUGCGGGAGCACCAGGACCUGCUGAACGUGAAGAUGGCUCUGGAGAUUGAGAUCACCACCUACAGGAAGCUUAUCGAGGGGGAAGACAGUCGUCUGAGCGCCACUUUCCAAAACCUGUCCCUCACUGGAGGCCUGCAGCUCACGACCUCUGUCAGCCUGUGUGCAGCUUCAGCCUCUGACAGCUCAGCCACCGCAGAGACUUUGAAGCUAAAUGAAGCCCGUGAUGAGUCGACCAUCAGCAGGGCGGAGACAGCGUCAGAGGAGCAGUCCAUUGAGAUGUCCGAGAGGAAGACUCUCCUCAUCAGAACAGUGAAGACAGAUGAGGACAAGUAUGAGAGCGACACGCAGACACGCACCAUCAUCAUCUCCGGAGCUGCAGAUGACACAGAAGAAGAAGAAUAGACCUGUCAAGUCAUGUUUUUCAGGUGUUUCAGUACUUUGCAAAUCAAAGAAUGAACUCUGAAUUUAAAGUGAAAAAACACACCGUAAAGCAUAAAAAGGAAUUCCCACUUGUAGUCAAGCAGCUUCUUCCCAUUUCAAGCGUUGUGUUUCUCUUCUGUGGAGCCUCAGCAUCAAGACAUAUGCACAGUGUGUCCUGUAACUCAGCCCUGCCUGCUGCUAACUCCCUCUGCCUCUCUGCUCUUUUAAUCCUCCCAUGUGUCACGCACAUAAAAUAGCUAAAUAAACUGCAAGCAAAUCCUAGCUGUGUUUUUUUUUAUUUAAAGCUUCUUUUGCCUGACAAACAAUCCGAAAAUCCAAAGACUCACGGGUGACUCACUUCAUUUACUAUCACAAAUGACAAAGAAAAUCAGCAAAAACCGGGAGAUUUUUUGACAAUUUAGCUUGAAAAUUGACAUGAAUGAAACAUGAAUGAUUAGUUGAUUAUCAGAAUAAUCAAUUAAUUGUUGCAGCUCUAUGGAAAAUGGAAAAACAACACACACUUUGCUCCUUUUUCUUUUGAAUUAUUUAUUUAAACUAAAGCAGAAACUGACAUUCAAGGGAAGUACAAUUGCUACAGCUCCCCUCAUGUGUAAACUUGUUUCAUGAUCAAAUCCACUGUUAAAAAAAUCAAAGACAGACG